AUGGGCUCAGAGAUAGAGGGGAAUUGGGAUAUAGUAAUAACAUCAUUACAAGAUAUUUGUACAUCAAAUGAAAGUAUAACUUUCAAUUCAGUAUACAAAAAUCAAAAUGAUUUAAGUAAGCUAAAUAAUUUAACAUCAGAAGAAAUAUCAAAACUACAAAAGGAAAUAAUAGAUCAUAAAUCAAAUUUAGGUACUGCAAAAAGACUUAUUGAUACACUGAAUGAUAAUUUAAUGAAAUUAAUUGAAAUUAUUCAAUUACAACAACAACAACAACAAAAACAAAAAGAAGAACAAGCUAAACUUGAAGAAAACAAUAAGAGAUCAAGAGAUGAAGCUGAUCUAGAUACUAAAUCAACUUCCAAAUCGAAUUCUCAAUCAAGUAAAAAUUCUAAAACAACUUCAGGUUCAGGUACAGGGAAAGGUAAAAAAUUAAAAAAAAUAGGAAGAUCAUUUUGGCAAUCAAAAUAUAACCCCUCGGAACCAAUUGUGAUUGGAUCCGAAGUAGCUUUUAAAUUAAGGAAUAGAGUAAAUGAAUGGAUUCAAUGUGAAGUUGUUAAAAUUAUUGGAGAUGGUAUAAAAUUUGAAAUUCGUGAUCCAGAACCUGAUGAAAAUAAUCAUCCUGGUAAUACAUUUAAAUGUAAUUAUAAAGAAAUUUUAUUAAUUCCUUCAAUACUGGAUUUAGAUAAUUUAGUAAAUUAUAGUUAUGGUUCAAAAGUUUUAGCUAGAUAUCCUGAUACAACAACUUAUUAUCCUGCUAUAGUUGUUGGUAAUAAAAAAGAUGGAAAUGUUAGAUUGAAAUUUGAUGGUGAAGAAGAAGUUAAUAAAGAGUGUGAAGUUGAAAGAAGGUUGGUUCUACCUUUACCUCAAAAGUAG